CGGCCUUUGCGGUUGAUCGGUCAUUGGGGUGCUGCAGCCCCGCCACCUGUUCCGUAGCUUCCCGGUGUCCCGAAGGUGUCUUCUAAGGAAGAUUAAAUCAGAAAAUUUUAAAUCACAGUUAUCCUUUCACCUAAAGCCAGAGUAAGCCUUCUAAAUUAACCCCAGGAAUGGCUUCAACAGAGGAACAGUAUGAUCUUAAGAUUGUGAAAGUGGAGGAAGACCCUAUCUGGGAUCAACAAGCCCACCUUCGAGUGAACAACUUUUCUGGCCAAGAAGCCUCCCGACAACUUUUUAGGCAGUUUUGUUACCAAGAGACUCCUGGUCCCCGAGAAGCUCUGAGCCGGCUCCGAGAACUCUGUCGUCAGUGGCUAAGGCCAGAAAUCCACACCAAAGAGCAAAUCUUGGAGCUGCUGGUGCUGGAGCAGUUCCUGACUAUCCUGCCCGAGGAGCUCCAGGCCUGGGUGCGGAAGCAUCAUCCAGAGAGUGGGGAGGAGGCUGUGGCUGUAGUCGAAGAUCUGGAACAAGAGCUUAGUGAGCCAGGGAACCAGGCUCUAGACCAUGAACAUGGACAUUCUGAAGUGCUCUUGAAGGAGGUGGAACAUCUGAAGGUCAAGCAGGAACCAACAGACAUCCAGCUUCAGCCUAUGGUGACACAGCUCAAAUAUGAAUCUUUUCACCUCCACCAAUUUCAAGAACAAGAUGGUGAAAGUAUACCUGAGAACCAGGAGUUGGCAUCAAAGCAAGAAAUCUUAAAAGAAAUGGAGCAUUUGGGGGAUAGCAGACUCCAAAGAGACGUAUCUUUGGAUUCUAAGUACAGAGAAACUUGUAAACAAGACAGCAGGGCAGAAAAGCAGCAGGGACAUUCCACUGGAGAGAGAUGCCACAGGUGCAAUGAAUGUGGGAAAAGCUUCACUAAGAGUUCAGUACUCAUUGAGCACCAGAGAAUCCACACUGGGGAGAAGCCAUAUGAAUGUGAAGAAUGUGGGAAGGCCUUCAGCCGGAGGUCAAGCCUGAAUGAACAUCGGCGGAGCCACACUGGAGAGAAACCCUAUCAGUGUAAGGAGUGUGGGAAAGCCUUCAGUGCCAGCAAUGGCCUCACUAGACACAGAAGAAUCCACACAGGGGAAAAACCAUAUGAAUGCAAAGUGUGUGGAAAGGCUUUCCUUCUCAGCUCAUGCCUUGUUCAGCAUCAGAGGAUACACACUGGAGAGAAGCGUUAUCAGUGUCGUGAGUGUGGCAAAGCCUUCAUUCAGAAUGCAGGGCUUUUCCAGCAUCUCCGAGUCCACACUGGUGAGAAACCCUAUCAGUGCAGUCAGUGCAGUAAAUUCUUUAGUAAGCGGACCCUUCUUAAGAAACAUCAGAAAAUCCACACUGGAGAGAGAACAUGAGUGUGAUGAGUUUGGGAAAGCCUUCAGUCAUCAUUGCAACCUUAUUAGGGCAUUUUAGAAUCUGUACUGUUCCAGUAGAACUGGACUAAUUCUGUGGACCCUCAGACCCCUAAAUGGGGCCAUCUUGGAAAGUAAGAUUUUCAAGUGGCUUAUUCUGUUCAUAUAAAAUUUAUUUUGCAUUGCAGUGAACCACUUGUCUACAAACCAGGUGUUGGUGCCUCCUGUGUGGGUGACUGUGAUUGUAGGGGGUUCCUGGGUGGCCUUCUUAUUCCCUAUCCUUUGGUCCAUUUCUAAUGAUUUCCUUUAAAGGGACCAAAUCUUAUCUGGAAAUAAAUUGUUAUGGAGGGGCUGUUUUUGAGCAUACUGAACAUUGAACAA